AUGAGAGGAGGACCUUGCAAAGAACUGUAUAAGGUUAUGGGAGAUUGCACAGAAGAGAAUGGAUUUGGUAGCAAAAAGUGUGGGGAACAUGCUUUGAAGGUGUUCGAUUGUAUGUGUUCUCAUCCUGAUUACCAUCACCGGAUGCUCGCGGUGAUGAAAUCUAUCGAAGAACAUGUAGUGAAAGAGCACGGUGCGUAUGUUGCGAGGAAACAAGUUGUACCCGAAUGUUUUGAGUAUCAAUGA